CGAUCCCCCCCUUCUCUCCCUCUCCCUCUCCCUCUCUCUUCAAUUACCUUGUUCGCCGUACGUACGUGUUCUUCAUCGACAUAUAUACUUAAUUCACAAUAAUUCUUAUUUAUUGAAGAUCAUAUGGUGAGCAUCACGGUGGAUGAGCUCCGCAAGGCGCAACGCGCCAACGGCCCGGCCACCAUCCUCGCCAUCGGCACCGCCACUCCGGCCAACUGCGUCGACCAGAGCACCUACCCCGACUACUACUUCCGCAUCACCAACAGCGACCACAUGACCGAGCUCAAACACAAGUUCCAGCGCAUGUGCGAUAAAUCCAUGAUCAGGAAGCGUUACAUGCACCUGACGGAAGACUACCUAAAGGAGCACCCAAACAUGUGCGCCUACAUGGCGCCAUCUCUCGACGAUCGACAAGACAUCGUCGUCGUCGAGGUCCCGAAGCUUGCCAAAGAAGCCGCCGCCAAGGCGAUCAAGGAGUGGGGCCAGCCCAAGUCCAGCAUCACCCACUUAAUCUUCUGCACCACCAGCGGCGUCGACAUGCCCGGGGCCGAUUACCAGCUCACCAAGCUCCUCGGCCUCCGCCCCUCUGUCAAGCGCUUCAUGAUGUACCAGCAGGGCUGCUUCGCCGGCGCCACCGUCCUCCGCCUCGCCAAGGAUCUCGCCGAGAACAACAAGGGCGCGCGUGUACUCGCGGUUUGCUCGGAGAUCACGGCCGUGACGUUCCGCGGGCCGAGUGACUCCCACCUGGAUAGUCUAGUGGGCCAGGCCCUCUUCGGGGAUGGGGCCGGUUCUGUUAUAGUGGGCUCGGAUCCAGUUCCGGAGGUGGAGAGGCCCGUAUUCGAGCUUGUUUAUGCGGCCCAAACCUUGGUGCCCGAUAGUCACGGCGCUAUCGAUGGCCACCUUCGCGAGGUGGGCCUGACGUUCCACCUCUUGAAGGAUGUUCCUGGGCUUGUGUCCAACAACAUCGACAAGUGCUUGAACGACGCGUUCAAGCCCUUGGGGAUCUCGGACUGGAACUCCCUGUUCUGGAUAGCCCAUCCCGGUGGGCCGGCGAUAUUGGACCAGGUGGAGGAGAAAUUGGAGCUUAAGGAGGAGAAGCUCAGGGCGACGAGGCACGUUCUGGCGGAGUAUGGGAACAUGUCUAGUGCAUGUGUGUUGUUCAUUUUGGACGAGAUGAGGAAGAAGUCGGUUGCGGAUGGGUGCACGACUACGGGAGAAGGGCUGGAUUGGGGUGUGCUUUUUGGGUUUGGGCCUGGGCUUACGAUUGAGACCGUGGUCUUGCACAGCGUGGCUCUUUGAGGUAGUGGUGGCCCAAUUUUUAUUUGUGUGGUGUGUUAUUGGACUGCGUUUGCUUUAUUCAUGGGCCUGUAGUUAUUAUGGCCACUGGUUGGGGAGGUCUGAAGGAAAAUUUGGUGUUGCUUGCUUCAACGUGAUUCUUGGAGCAAGUUGUACUUUUACGGUUAUAUAUAUUUCCAACUUGAAGUUAAAUAAAUGAAUAUUUUCUCGCCUCUUUGAAUUUAUUUUGCUACCUAAAACGAGUAACUUAUUUAUUACAAAAUGAAUAUUAGUUACAUUGAUAUGUGAAACUCAAAGUGCAUUUCUCGCCUG